CGCGCUUGAGCUCACAACAACACCACCACCCCUGCCCCAUGUUCCGCUGGUGACUUCCUUGAGCGUGUCGUCUCCUCCACCGCGUCGACACUGUCGUUGCACUCUGGUGAACACGCUGCGUCGCGAACACGACGGCAUCUCGGAGCUCAUCUUUCCCCACCUCGCCUCGCGUCGACACGUCGCGUCGUUGGUCUGUCAGACAACGACAUUGAACCGCCACACUACCCGUCAGCGCGAUGACACCUCGGCGGAAGACGUUGACGCGUACAUCGUCUUCCUCAGACUCCGCACUGUCCAAUAUCGACGUCUCCGGCACCGCCAUGGACGUGGACGAUAUCUCCGAGCAGCCUGCCGCGUCGACACCUCCCACCAGCAUUGGCGACGAUCGUAGCAUGCACUCAGCCAAGGCAGGCACCGAGGCGGCAGAGCAACAGGAGCUGGCGUCUGGCGGGCGGUCGCGACGCAAUCGCGUGUCAGUCAACUACAAUGUAAAGCAAUUGCUCGACGCGCAAGCCUCUGAGAAGACGAUCGAGGCGAGCGGCAGCAAGACGCGUAAAGCCUCUGGCUUGUCUGGCCGCACACUUGUCGAUCGUGAGGACACUGAGCCCGACGUCAUUGAGAACGAGGAUAUCGAUGUGGAACUCGAGGAUGAUCUGGAGAAGAUGCUGGCUCGAACUCCGCAGAACGGCAAGGGCAAGGCACCUGCGAAGAAGAUCGAGCGACGUCCCAGCAUGAAGGACCGUGCUAAGAACGUGGCCUCAACGCUAGGGAAGAGAACGCGUGACAUGGUCGAGGCAGGCAAGAAGAAACUGGGCUUGGUGGAAGAGCAAGACAGCCCGAGGAGAACGAAGAUGUUGAAGGAGCUCGACAUGGGCCCAAAAGGCGUGUUGGACGAGAUCGAUCUGGACGAAUUCCACGAGGCACCACGGCCAAAGAAGCGUGUCAAGACGACCAAGGCGCCUCUACCAGAGCUCGCUCCCAUCGUUGUUGCAAAUCCUCUCCAGAAGACUUCGACUGGCAAUAAGGUGAAGAAGUGGCAAGUGCAGGGGCUUUACGCAGGACAGGAGCUCGAUUUCGAUCCCAACAAACCGGCGACGAAGCAGAAGAAGCUUCGAAAGAGUCGUCCCGAAUCAUCGAGUGGUCCGGCGGCCGAGGAGGGUGAGGAUCUGCCGAAGAAGAAGCACCUCAAUUUCAAUCUGCCUAUGUUCGGCUAUCUCGAUGCCGAUAAGACGCGCUCGUUCAGAAUACCCUACGAUGUGUACGCGCCUCACAAUGACAAGAGAAUGGACGAGAAGCCGAAGGAUUGGCACAAGUUGAACAAGAACCGUCUUGUAGGAGAGGCAAAGGCUCUAUGGAGCAAAGAAGCAAAAUUGCAGCCCUCUUUCUGCUCUUGCUCAACACCUGAUCAGCCGGGCAUGGGCUGUGACGAUGAUUGUCUGAAUCGUGUCAUGCAGUACGAGUGUGACGACACAAACUGCAGAUUGGGCGCAGAUGAAUGCAGCAAUCGACCAUUUCACGAACUUGCCACCCGUCUGAAGAAGGGCGGACGCUUCGAUGUGGGCAUCGAGGUCGUCAAGACUGAGCAGCGUGGUCACGGCAUCCGUGCUGCGCGAUCGUUCAAGCCCGGACAGAUCAUCAUGGAGUACACUGGCGAGAUCAUCACCGAGGGCGAAUGCCAGGAGAGGAUGCAAAAGCUGUACAUGAAUAAGCAGUGCUACUACCUGAUGGAGAUGGAGCGUGGACUGGUACUUGAUGGAACGAAGGGUAGUGCAGCUCGUUUCAUCAACCAUUCCUGCGAUCCCAACUGCGAAGUCCGCAUGACCAAAGUUGGAGGCGUGCCGAGAAUGGGCAUAUAUGCUGGGCCCUCAGGCAUCAUGACCAACGAGGAGUUAAGCUACGACUACAACUUCGACAACUUUGGCGACAAUCGACAGACGUGCUAUUGUGGGUCGUGGAAUUGCAGAGGCUACCUCGGCAGACGUCUGCGAGCUGACGAGAUCAAGAAGUUGGCAAAGGAAGAACAAGAGCGGCUUCGCAUCGCUGCUGAAGAGGCACAGAAGCGAGCACAGCAGGAAGCACGCAAGAAACAGGAGCACGAUGAUCGCGGCAGCGGAUGGCGUGGCUGGCUCGCGGUCGAUGAUCCGGAAGUAAAGGCAAAGCUGAAGGAGGAGAAGCGUCUCAAGGAGGAGGCCGAGAAGAAUUCCGUUCGUGCUCAGCGCUUGGCUGCGAGACGCGGUGAUGGGCCCCGUCCUGCUGUUCCUGCACCGAAGCCUGCCCGCAAGAAGGCCGAGCCCAAGCGCAAGAAGACUACUGAAGUGAAGGAGGAGACGGUGCUGGAGACUUCUACCGACGUUCAGGCUGUUGAGGAGGAGAGUGAUGAGGACUUGAAAGUGGAUAUUGUCAAGAAGCUUUCCCGACCCAAACACAUCCGCACCACUUCCACAGGUUCCAAGUUCACCGAGGACAUUGAGAUGGAAGAUCGCCCGACUUCGAAAGCUUCCUCUCGCCCACCCACGAGCCGUAGCGGCAUCAGCAAGAAGACCACAGUCUCAGUAAAGACAUCGACUGAAGUGGAGCGCGUCGAAAUGUCCGAAGUCAUGGAAGAAGACGGCAGUGACAUUGCCGUGGCCACUCAUCCUUCUUUUGCUGCGGAACUGAGCAAUUCAAACGGUGCCAAUCUGAGCAAGGCCGGCAGCCAAGCUGAUACUGUUCAAGCUACUCAAGGUGCGGAUGAGAACGAGGAAGAAGAAAUUGCCCUCACGAAGAAGUCUUCCAAGAUCGAGAAGAAGUCCAAGGUCGAUGCUGCUCCCAAGCGGUCUAACAGCGUGCGUGAUAGGGUCAAGCAAGCUUUCAGCAGCGUGAGCAGCGGCACAAAGACUUUCCGGCAGAGCACGCUCAGUUUCGCGAAGCUGUCGUAAGGUGUGGUCGGCGCGGGAGGAGGGGAUGGCGGUUUCGAAUGUGCGAUGUUGUGAAACGAUUGGCGUUGAUGGUUUAUGCUCGAGCUUUGGUGUGCUUUCCGUGGCAUUAUUUUGGGUAGUUAGCGGCAUUUGGUGGCCGGUUUAUGGCAGUGAA